UCCAUCUCUCUCUCCCCCACCCCUCUCUCUCUCCUCUUUCUCUCUCUCUCUACUUCUCUACUCUUUUGUAGUUCCUCCCCCUCCAAUCAUCGCCUCGACUCCUCCUCCCCCUCGUCGAACGAUCGAGCAAUGGUGGGAGCGGAGGAGGGGAAACCCUAGGAUUCCCCUCUACUACUGAUCGCGGCGGCGUAAGCGGGCUCUUCGAUCUGAUUCUGGAGUUUUGCGAUCCCGGAAAUACAAUGAACAACUCUUGGGGCUACCCACUUCAAUCAGGAACUUCAAAUAUCCCAUCCAUGAAGUCUAGUCUGAAGGUUGGAAGCAGCACAUGGGGAGUUCUACCAGGAUUAGAUGUCGAUAAUGGGUCCAGUGAUGUUAGCCUCUUCUCGAGCUCAUUACCUGUUCUUCCACAUGAGAAAUUUAAUUUUGCAGAUUCAGUUCAUGCUGUCCAAGCAACUCAUGAUGCUUCCUCCAAACUGAAAAAAAUCAAUGAUGAUAUGGAGGUAAAAGAUCCUACCGAUGAUCUUAAUCUCCAACAUAUUGGGAAUUUAUUACCUGAUGACGAAGAUGAACUCCUGGCUGGGAUAAUUGAUGAUUUUGAUCCUAUUGGAUUACCGAAUCAAGUGGAGGAGUUGGAGGAGUAUGAUGUUUUCGGAAGUGGAGGGGGGAUGGAGCUGGACUCAGAUCCUAUUGAUAGCAUCACUGUAGGCAUGGCAAAUGCAAGCAUAACUGAUGGGCACACAGGAAAUGGGAUUAAUCAGUAUGGCCUUCCAAAUGGUGUUGGAACUGUGGCUGGGGAACAUCCCUAUGGCGAGCAUCCUUCUAGAACAUUAUUUGUUAGAAACAUCAAUAGUAAUGUUGAAGAAUCAGAAUUGCGUGAAUUGUUUAAGCUAUAUGGAGAAAUUCGGACUAUAUACACUGCAACCAAACAUAGAGGAUUUGUGAUGAUAUCGUACUAUGAUAUUCGAGCCGCUCGAAAUGCUAUGCGCGCAUUGCAAAAUAAGCCUUUAAGGAGGAGGAAGCUUGAUAUUCAUUUUUCGAUCCCCAAGGAUAACCCAUCGGACAAAGAUAUGAACCAAGGAACUCUUGUUAUUUUUAAUUUGGAUCCAUCAGUUUCUAAUGAUGAGCUUCGUCAAAUUUUUGGGGCUUAUGGGGAAGUAAAGGAGAUAAGAGAGACACCGCACAAACGACACCAUAAAUUUAUUGAGUUCUACGAUGUUAGAGCAGCUGAAGCUGCCCUUAGGGCGUUGAACAAGAGUGACAUUGCUGGCAAGAAAAUCAAGUUAGAACCAAGCCGUCCUGGUGGAGCUCGUCGAAAUUUGAUGCAGCAUCUGACCCAUGACUUGGAACAAGAUGACCACAGAAUCUACAGACAUCACGUUGGUUCUCCCAUUACCAACUCUCCUUCAGGUUUGUCUGGGACAUGGGCACAAUUUAGCAGUCCAACUGAUAACAGUCCGUUGCAAGCAUUCAGCAAAUCUCCAAACGGAAUGAGCCCUAUCGGGAGUAACCAUUUCUCUGGACCAGCUUCACUUCCUCCCCCUGUUUCAAACUCUAUGAAGAUUGCACCAAUCGGGAAGGACCCUAAUAGGACUAACCAUUCUGACCAACAACUACUUUCUAAUAGCAAUUCGUCGUUUGGAAUUGCGAGCUCAAGUCCGGGAACUAUGUCUUCUUUUGGCCCAUCAACUUCGACUGUGUCUAAUAUUGGUACAUUGACAGGGCCCCAGUUUCUCUGGGGUAGUCCAAAACCUUAUUCGGAGCAUUCUCAAUCUUCUUCUUGGCAAUCACCACCAAUGGGGCAAUCAUUCUCGUCCAAUGUUCAUUCACAAGGGCAGAACUUCCUAUACGGAAAUCGACAAACUGCAUUUCACCAUCUUGUGGGUUCUGCUCCUUCCGGUGUACCUUUUGAUAGUAACUUUGGGUAUUUUCCUGAGUCACCCGAGGCGCCUUUUAUGAGCCAGGCCAACUUUGGAAAUCGAAAUGGAGGGGGCCUCAUGAUGAACGUGGGUGCUAGAGCAAAUAUGAACUUGGGGACGAAUUUGCCAGAUAAUAACUCACCAAAUUUUAGAAUGAUGCAAUCACAGAGACUAGGGCAGACAUUGUUUGGCAAUGCUCCUUAUCCUGGACUUGGUUCGAUCGGUUUUGAGGGUUUAGCUGAGCGAGCCCGAGGUCGACGAGUUGACAACAAUGGGAAUCAAGCUGAUAGCAAGAAGCAGUAUCAGCUUAACUUGGAGAAAAUUGUCAACGGCGAAGAUACGCGGACAACGCUUAUGAUAAAAAAUAUUCCAAAUAAGUAUACCUCGAAGAUGCUUUUAGCAGCCAUUGAUGAAAAUCACGCUGGAACUUAUGACUUUUUCUACUUGCCUAUCGAUUUUAAGAAUAAGUGCAAUGUUGGCUACGCGUUCAUAAACAUGGUAUCCCCUGCAAACAUCGUCUCCUUCUAUGAGGCAUUCAAUGGGAAGAAAUGGGAGAAGUUCAAUAGCGAGAAGGUUGCCUCAUUGGCAUAUGCCAGAAUCCAGGGAAGAGCCGCACUUAUCUUGCACUUUCAGAAUUCGAGCUUGAUGAAUGAAGACAAGCGAUGCCGCCCUAUUCUCUUCCAUUCGAAGGGAACAGAUACUAGCAAUCAGGAGCCUUUCCCAUUGAAUGGUAUAAACAUCUGCAUGCGCCAGCAAGAUGGGACCGUAAUGGAAGGCGAUAUACCUGAAAGUCCGGAAACAAGCUACUUAGAUGAGAAGCCAGAAGCUAUCUUUUAGCCGAGAAGUGGCUUUGGAAGGUAAGUAAAUAAGCACAAAAUACGUGGGGUGUCGCGGUAAUCUAACUGUUGGAUAGGUAUUUAAGUGUAUAAAUCUGAGGAAAAUUUGCCUGUGUGCGAUUUUAUGAAGGGGUGUGUCCACUUUUGGAGUGAAAAAGAAAUGGAUGCGCCAAAGUAUUUGUCCAAAACUGUAAAGGGGAAAGCCGAGUUUUAGUGGUCGUCCGCAUUUUGUAUAGAUAAACUGAAGUUUAUUUUAGUAAUCUGUAAAUAAUAACUGUGAAGUGUACAGAUCUGAUGUUCCUUUUGUUCUUGUA